AUGGGAGGAGUCCUGAUUGCCGACGAACUGAACCUGGUCUCUCCUGAAGUCCUGAUGGCCUUGCAAGAAGUCUUUGAUAUGGAGGAAGAGAUCCAGAACCCAGUAAACAAGGCCAAAGCAAGGCUGGAUCCGAUGUUUCACUUCUUCGCCACUCAGAACUCGGCGGCUUUGCUGGGACGAAAUGUUUUGCCAACGCACAUCACCAUGCGGUCAAUGAUCAUUGAUGUGCCGGAGUAUGAAAAUCAGCAAGUGGAGUCAAUCCUAAAGCGACUGGCAGCGAAAGAACACACCGCUUACCUGAAAAAACACGGGUUUGCCAUCCCCAUGCGGACCGUGACUCAACGCUUCCGCGAGAAAGUCGCCAGCCUCUGUGCUGAAGUCUUCAAGGCCAGCACGAAAGCCUGGACCUUGCGCGAGAUGAGCAAGCUCUUCGUGCGGGUCUGUGCCGAUGCGGACCCUGAAAAGAAUUUCUCGAUGCACGCGUACGUGCUGUUGGGAGCAGUACAGAGGCCCAAGGAUGCAGAAAUAGAUGCGUCACAGAUGACAUCGACCGAUGCGGAUAUGCUGGUGAAUUGUUCAUCUCUUUUGACGCAAGAGCAACUGCAGAGGAUGAAAUUUGGGAUCCGAACUGAUACAAUUUCAUGGGAGUUCUAUUUUGGGGAAUUGAAGAAGACUUCGGAUGAGACGCCAGAUGCUCCAGAUGAGCCUCUAGAUGAGACUCCAGAUGAACCUGCUUGGAUCUCCGUGCUUCACGACGUUCCAAACGGAGUGAAGAAGACAGCAGAUCUGGUUUGUGAGAUGGUCAUGGGCAUGGGGAAAGAGGUGGUGAAAGGCCUUUGCGCUGCGGCGUUUGCAUUGAAGUACCAAGAGCCAGUGCUUCUGGAAGGCCCAGGAUCCUCAGGAAAAUCCACAAUCGUGGAAUUGCUCUCCUACAUGCUUCGUGGUCCUGAUUCUCUCAUCACACUUCGGUGCUCUGCAGGGACUUCCUUACAGGAUUUCUUCGGCGGGAUCGAACCCCACAAUUCAGAGACGUACCAAAAGCAUGCCCUUGCUUGGAUGAAACAGGUUGAUGCAGAUCCUCCAGCUGACACUGCUUCCAUGGCUGAGAUCAAGCGUUCGUUGAAUCGAAAUCCGACCGAGGGCAUUGAGAAGAGCGAUGCGCUGCUCAUCGAUAGUUAUUCAAAACAUGUCUUCAAGGAGCUCGAGCCCUGCGACACGAGCGGCGAAAAAGAGAAGGGGCAGCUCUUUCCCCUCGUGGAACGUGGGCUCAUGAUUCCCUUCCGUGUGGGAAAGAUCCUGCUGCUGAAGAACCUCAAUGAGGUGGAUGCGGCAGUGCUUGAGCAUCUCAAUCAGCUCUUUGCUUCUCGGAAGGUCACCACGGCCAACUCAGAAAGGCUCGCGGCCCACAGCCAAUUUCAGAUCUUGGCGACGGUGCGAACACCGCUCAGCAGCGAUUUGUCCGAGACGACAUUCAAAGCCGAUGCAUCACAGGAUCAGAGUCCCAAGGACUUCACCUUUCCAAAAGCCAUGCCAACUCUUCGCCACCUGGGAUGGGCAAGUACGGCAACUAGUGCUUUAGCAGCUUUGAAGCAGACACGCAAGGUGGAAGAUGACGCGGCAACUGCUCUGUCGAAGCAGUCUUCCACGGCUGAAAUCCAGGAGAUGAAGUUGCAAGAGUGCCUGCGUUUGAUGAAGAAGACCUCGCAGCUCUUCAAGCCCGGCGAGCCCGGCGAGCCCGGUGACCGCACACUUGUUCUGACUACAGAGCUCCAGAAGGACCGGCCAGACUUACCACGCGAGCUACGAAUCACUGAGCCAAUGGAGAAAAUCCUUACGCGCCUGCUGGUGUUUGAUUUCCUGUCUGAAUCGGCCGGUAUUUUCGCUCUCGAGCACUUUGCGGUACAUUCGAUUCCAAUAUUGAACAUCAUCGGAGAGCCUGGAACCAGCAAGACAAUGACCUGUCAGGUAGAAGCAGUACGAAAGGGUGCUCUCGUCCUCUUGGACGAAGUCAACCUCCUGCAUGAGACCUUGCUGGCCCAGAUCGCUGAAGUCGUGGGACAUUCACAAGUUCUAAAUCCAGAAGGCUGCUCCCCAGCCUUGCAGGUGCGCGACGAAGUCCUAAAGUUGCCCCACGAUGGGCCUCGGCCGAAGCGGCCCCUCUUCGUGGCAGCGAUGAACCCAGUGACGACGGGUGGAGGCCGCAGUGUGCUGCCUCCGUGGUUCCAGGAGCUGACCUGCUCAUUGCACGUGAAGGCGCCGAGCGAGGACUUGGCAGAGAUCUUGAAGAGCCUCUACAUCCCGAAACGAGAGGCGGAUGUCGAAACGAGUGAGGCCGUCGAGGCACACAUCGGCGCAAUCCUGGAGAUGGGAGGGCGCAGCGGAGAGGCAAAGUCAGGUCAGCUGAGCCUUCGGGGUUUGCAACGCCUUGCGCGCCUUCAUCACUCGCAGUUGGUCGCCCAGAGGAAAUGCAGAAAAGAGAAGCAGCAGGACGAGCCGAAGGAGGUCUUAAAGCGCUUCUCGGAAGUUCUUCGCAGUGACCGUGACUUCGAACCCGUGACCCGCGAUGGAACGGGCGGAACCGGUGAGUUCUCCGCCGUGGCGAGUUCUCCGAAAUGGUUUCAGCAAGUCUUGCCAUGGGCCACAGAAGCUGGUCCGUACAUUUUACUUAGAGGGCCAGCAUGCAGCGGAAAAUCCACAGCCAUAACAAGCUUUGCGAAGGCACAAGGGAAGGAGCUGGUGAGCAUCAAUGCCCAUGCAGAGACGGCAACCACAGAUAUACUGGGUUCCUUUAUGGUGGAUGGGAAUGCCUUCCAGGUUGGGGACAAAGUCCAGGUUUGCACCUUGCUGACGGAUGCGCGCGUGGAAUGCGUGCCCUGUGACGAUGUGAUGAAGCAGAUCGAUCCGAAGCGGCGAUUGAGCUUUCUCGAUGGGCCUUUGCUACGGGCCACGCAAUGCGAAAACGCAUGGCUGUUGAUUGAGAAUGUCAACAUGGCGAGUGACUUUCGGAUCUUCUUCACGGCGGACCCGCAAAGGCCAACAGCAAAUCGACUAUCAGACGCCUUUCUCGAUAGAUGUACUGUCAUAGAGUGCCAAAGCUUCGACAAGCUUUACAAGAAGCGAUGUCAAGCAGCCGAUGCCAAGUCAGAGAUUGAGAACACGUACUUGGAAGCCGUCAAAGGGCUCGGGGUUGUACAUGAUGUAUUUCAACGAUCUGAGCUGCUGGCACAGUCCUUGGUCGAGUUGCAUGCGGCAGCGCUUCGUGAAGAGCCCAACACACGCCUGUAUGUGGCUCAGCACGUGUGCGGUGCGCCACUGACAGCUCGCACCUUGCGAAGGGCGUUGACCUCGAUGGAAGCAUUUAGUGGUCCAGAAGCAGCGUUGGAGUUGGUCUUUGGCAAAGCGCUCUUGGACAGAGUCGCACACAAGCACGUUCACAAAGUGAGUUUGUGCGCCAAAGGCUUGGGAUUCCAUGAGGGAAGCGGGCAAGAUCUCAGAAGUUUCUUGGAGACUUCUCACGGCCAACGUUACAACAGGAUUCUUCGUUCGCUACAAGCCAUGGCUGCCAAAGCUCAGGUGCACCAGCAAAGUGUUUUGAACCCGGAGGUCUUGCGACUGAGCAUUCCAGAACGCAUCACAGUCCGCUUGAAGGCCCAGAGAGCGGACAGGGUUUGCGAAUUCUUUUGGCACCUUCCCUAUGGCCGUUUGAAUGCCGAGUGGCAGCAUGCAAAGGAUGAAGAGUUUAUCUCACAAGCAUUUGCAAAGCCGUUCUUGGAGGCUUUCAUUGGUCAGGCAACUGUGGAGGUGCUUCCCGAGGGAGUUCCGGAUUGCAAGCAAGUUUCCUUGACAGUGAACUUGGAUGAGCUUGCAGAUGAACGGCCACAUGGCAAGGAUUCGGAUGCUCGUUUUGGCUUUCAUUUCUCCAUGGACUUUGCACCUCAGCAGAGAUUGACAUGCCUGGGAUUCACGAUGACCGAAGCACAUUGCCGAGUGCUCAACAAGGGACCAGAGCGUGAGCCGGAUGAGACGGAGAAUCAGUUUGCAUCAUUGUCCGGGCGUUUGGACAGCCAUUUGUUACGUGCCGAAUGCGAGUUCACGAUGACUGUUUGCCGAGCGGCUUCGACCAUGAGGGUGGACCAAUUGGUCCUCAAGUUUCAAGCGAAAAAGUUGUGGACCCUUUCGUUCAGUGGCCAGCUGGCCAAGGUGAUUCUAGAACAGCGAGAAAUGGCUCUGAAGCUCUCUGACCUCAUGGUGAAAAGGGCCGAGAUCACAUUUGAAUACAAAAAGGAAGCAGAGAAGGAAUGGUCUGAGUUUGUGCGGAUGGUGCUGCUUGCUUCCCUGCUUGAUCAUGAGAAGGUCCCUGGCUGGAUCGACUGGAUCUCAUGCUUCUUGAAAAAGGGAGAGGUCUUUUGUGAGAAGAUGGCCCUUCGUUCCUCCUCCCUCUACCUGAAGUCGAGCAUCGAAAAUGCCAGUGGAUUCAAAGUCAACCUCGCAACGGAGGCUGAGAUGGGCACCGUUGCAACGGCUGAGAUGCAUCUUCAAUCCUUGGAGCUCAUCUUUCAUCAAGCGAAGGACGGGGUGGUCAAGCUGAGGCAGGAUUGGAAGCAAAAGGUGAGUGAUCUGAAAGUAGACACAUGGCAGAACCACUUGAAGGAGCUUCAACCAAUCAUGGAGGCGACAAGCUUGCGCGAGAUUCGUGUCUUGCUUCUUUUGGACCACGAGACCUUUGCAGAACAAGUCUCCGAACGCGCCAAGCAGGAGCUACUCCACAUUCUUCUCACUGUGGAACGGCUACGUGGUAAGGUGCAAGGCUGCGUUACAGGCUCAACUUUGCAAGCAGCGAAGCUUCCGGCACCGCUCAAAGGUUUGGAGACGCCGAGAGAGAUCUGCCGCGAGUUCUUCCAAGCAUUCAACUUCGGACAGUUUGAGGGAUCUGCAAGCUCGAUAAAGACUGAUGAGUCUUUUCAUUUUGUGUUGCAUCUCACAAAACGCAGUCCGGCUGAAUUCGAUAAAAGAGCUGUCGAAGAGCUCAAGGAGAAAACUAAGUCCAAAGAGCUUCUCGUGGGUCAGAUCUUCAUCGCAUCCGCCAUGACAUAUGAGCUCGUUUCCAGUGAACCAACACAGGAAAGAUUGGACAUAAAGCAGAUGACAUCUCUGCCACACCUAUUCUUGGGCUUACUUCUCCGAGCUGAACAGAAAGCUGAGUUGAAAGCCAGACCCAGCCGCGAACUCCGUGAGAUUCCGGAAGAGUUGUGCGAUUUCAAGCAGUCAGAGACGGCCGGAAAAUUCGGCAGCUUUCGACACAAGGUCGAGACCGAUGCUUCCACUGAUACUUCCAAGAGCUCUUCGAGUACGAAGCUGCAACUUUAUACGCGUGUCUUUCCCGCAGAUGCAGUCAAGAUUGACUGGGACCACGAAAUGAACAAGCUAGAAGCUACCAGCGAAGCCAAGCUCAAGGGCGCUCCGCCAGACACGGACAGGUUUUGGAGCCACGACGAGGAUGUGCAAGGCUUGGUGGAAAAGUUUCGAGAGCCUUUGCGACAGCUCCCACCGAUUCCUCAGCUGAAGUUUCAAGAAGUCUUCCACUCAAUGCUUUCACAUGGUCUUAAUGCAGUGAAGCCCACGAGACUUAGGUUGGAUCCAGGCACUUUUGCUACAGAAGAUCCCGAUGAGGACUUCUAUGUUGUGGCAUUGGCACUUGCACGGGCCUGCAGCGCUGAGAACUUCAGCAUUUCAGCCCUUUGCAACAGCAACCUACAUGAAGGGCCCUAUGAGCUUGUGGGCUCUCUCCUUCGAGCGGCCAAGAAGUUGGUGGGUGAUACUCAUGCCAAAAAAGCAGAAAGUCCGGACGGCGUCCGGCACUUGCUUCUUUUGACGCGCAACAGCUGCUACGAUGCCGGUAGCACACUGGCAGACUUGUGGCGAUGGCUGCGCAUGAAGCAAAUCAGUCCCUGUGCCGUAUGCAUGGGCAUGGCUCACGGGCACCAUCCGAACUUCGAGACCUUCGUUCACCUGAAAAGCCCGAUGGACUUCUUGGGCCUCACGAAGGCGAUCUUCUCGAGCGGCCGGACAGAAGUAACUCCUCCUUUGGAGUUGCUGAAAGAGCCGGAAACCGAAGCUGUGCGCGGACCGGGAGAGUACUACUACAGAGACUUGGCAAGCAGCCUCGGAUUUGCGACAUGUUCCUCUACGAAAAGCCAAGAGAUGUACGUGAAGAAGUUCAGCAAGGACUGGAAGAAGACAGCGAACAGGCCAGUGCUGCUGAGAAGAAAGACAAUCAUGGCAAGGGAGGCGGCAGAGUGCUUCACACCGCCAAACUGUGAUGAGAGUGUACUGUUGCGUAUGAGAGUCUGUGAUGAGAGAGUGCGUACCAUUGUGUACAUCUGUGACCAAGAGAAUAUGAGUGUAUCUCUUCUGCAGGGCGCUUUCAGAGCAUAG